AUGUCGGUGGCGUUCGUGCCCGAGCGGCUGCGCGGCAAGGCCGAGGUGAACCAGGAGACGCUGGCAGGGCACACGGCGGGCGGCCGCAGGCUGCUGGAGGAGAACGACCAGCUCAUCCGCUGCAUCGUGGAGUACCAGAGCAAGGGCCGCGCCACCGACUGCGUGCAGUACCAACACAUCUUGCACAGAAACCUCAUCUAUUUAGCUACGAUUGCUGAUGCAGCUCCACCCAGCAGCCAGAAGACUGUAGACUGACAACCCCUGAGAACAGUGAUGCUCUGAGACGCUGUAGCACUUAGAGCAGGAGCCUAACCUAAGAGCCAAGAAGGUGGCACCUUGAAAAGCAGGUAYCAGCACCCCUGCUUUUGCAUUCACAUGUGAGCAUAGUUUCAGGCUAAUACUAUAUUAGCACUUUUUUCCCCCUCCCAACCUUCUAAAGCAGUACUUAAGGGAGAUGCUCAUGAUCAUGCUGUAAUUACCCCACACAUUCUGCAUAGCAGUCUCCUGAAAGCAGCCGGGUGUCAGGAUCUACCCGCUCCRUGAAGCAGAGGCUCUGGUGCCCGCAGUGGUGCAGGAAUGGGGUGAGGCUUCAGCAGCCACAUACCCACCCUCUGCCUUCUGGAGCACACAUCAGGGCAAGCUGGCCACACAUGCAUUGCCUGUUUAAUAAUCACUUUGUAUCUGGUAUCAUAGAAAUUGUUUAAUAAAUUAAAAAUGUUCUCUGUAAAUGSUGGUAGCCUCUGGCUUAACACAUGUUAAAAAAGAAGCAUCUCAUGGGGCUGGAGAAAGAGGAAGGUUUGCUUUCCUAGGGAAAAUGAAUAGCUGUUACAUAAUUUACAGC